CAGUGUCUGCACCUGUUUAACCCUUCACAAUGACCCGGUGUGCUUAUUUCACCCUAAUCUGAAUAUUCACGUCUCAGAACUGCUGCAGUCAGCAUUCUGAUAUGAAUGAAUGAAGGGAAGGAGUAGUGUGUUGUGGCUCAGAGGUAUUUUUGUGCUAAAACAUUACAUUACUGCUGGUUUAAGGUGUAGAGGCCUGUUGUGCGUCCAAAGCUAAAUGACUAACACCUUCAAACCUCACCUGGACCACAGUGGGCCUGAGACUGGAGCUGCUGGGAGCAACAGAGGACCACAGGAGAACACAGCUGAUUCCUCCCAGAUGGUUCAGUCUGCAGGAUCUGGAGCAGACUGGGGUGUAAACUGGGGCCGGGGGCUUCCUGGGGGGACUGCGGGACCAUUUCACUCUUUUAACUGUCAAAUUAUAAGAGUUCUGCAGUGAGAACGAUGCAGCCGGGAGGAGAGAGCCGGACUCGACCUGUAGCACCUCCACACUGAGGGAGUCACGACCAUCGGAGUUCAUUUCUGUGGACGGAGACAUCAGAAAAACUGCGAGGAGCGUAGGGCAGCACACUUCCACACUAGCUCCUCUAUGAUUGGCGGACUGCUGACAUCAGUGUCAACAUGGCGCACCUCUUCCUUGCCAGUAAGAUCACGAUGCCGGAUGACCUCCACAGCAAAGGUGGCCCCAGGAUCCCUAGGAGUGCCAUGAAGACGCCAAGACCAAUCUCUGCUGAGAAGCUGAGCAGGGACAAACCCAGGAAGGACCAAGGCCUCAUUGUGACCAGGCAUGUGCCGCAUAUCAAUGAGGUCCAGCUGACUGCAGCCACUGGUGGUGCCGAGAUGUCCUGCUACCGCUGCACUGUGCCGUUUGGUGUGGUCAUCCUCAUCGCGGGCAUUGUAGUGACAGCAGUAGCGUACACCUUCAACUCUCAUGGGUCUACGAUCUCUGUGCUGGGACUGGUGGUGCUGUCUGCUGGACUGGGCCUGCUGGGAUCCAGCGCCAUCUGCUGGAGGGUCCGACUGAGGAAGAAGAAGGACAAACGAAGGGAAAGCCAGACGGCCCUCAUGGCCAGCCAGGGAUACUGUGUGGCCUGAUCGCCAGCCAGCAACUCCAGUGCUCCAGUCCUGGGUUUAACUUCUGGAGGUCUGAUAAACUUCAUGGAGACAGUAUUGCACCACACUAACAGGGCACGAACCGGUGGACUCUGAAAGUUCAGCUUUACAAACUGUGAGGAGAUGGAGCUUCUACUCAUCCAUCCGAGGCCGCAGUGACUCUGCAGACACGUCAAGGCUGAGACGCUGUGAUGGACGGAUGCAUGAUUUAGUCUGAGUGCAGUAAAAUAAGGAUACCACACUCACGUGCUGGACUGCGGCUAAACAUUCUUUUUCAAAGCGCUAGUGCUAAAACAAUGAGUUUAAUAAUCGAAGGAAAAUUAAUCAACAAGUCUGAUAAUUAAUUCAUCAUGUAGGUCACCUGAGAAGGAAAAAUGCCAAACACCCUCUGAUCUCAGCUUGUGCAGUUUGCACCGCUUCUCUUUUUUUUAAGUCAUUUGGGUUUUAGAGUCUUCGUUGGACAAAACAAGAUGUCUGAAGACAUUUGAUAAUGUCACCACAUUUGAUGUAGUUUUGGACAUUGUCUAAGGAAAAUGUUAGCUGCAGCCCUGCAAGGCUCAUAAACAAUGGACAGUAUCUGUAGUUCAAUACUGCUAAUAGGCUAUAAAAGGUAUUUAAGAAGGUACUCUAAUGUUGAUGUGGCUCUUUCUGAGAUAAAACACACUCACAAGCUCAUUUCAACUCUCUUGGCUGCAUUUGUGACCUUAGCACUAUGUACAUCACUCUGUAGUCAUGUAACGUUUUGUGGGGGUGGAAGUGUUGAACUUGUAUAUUUGUUGUAACGUAUUAUCUUUCUGGGCAGAUGGCAGAUGUAUGUGGGCUCCUGAGAAACCUGUGAAGGAGAUCUGGGAUUGACUCAUGGAAGAACAUGGGGUUAAUCACUGAUAUGCAUGCCAGUGUAUGCUUUGACUAGUGCACUAUGAUCCAAAGCGAUGAAAAAUAACCUAGUGUCAUGUAUUUCAUCCUAUUAAAGAGUUGACAUGUAAGUGUUGCACCGAGGGUCAGUCUGAAUCUGGGUUGAACCUCUUAAUCAGAAACAUUUUCAGUUUGCCCAGUCAGACAUAAUCACCUUUUUGGAGGAGGUACCUAAAACAGAACUGAGCUGUUUCUGUGCAGAAAUAAUCAUUGUGUGGCGGCUCAGGCUCUGUGAGGCGGGUUCAGAGGGGAAAUCCUGUCCCUUCCUUUAACACAGUGUCACAGCUGAGUGACCAGAGCUAUAACACAGUGGCAGUGUCACCUCCCUACCCCCUAAACACACCAGAGACUCUUAGCCGGAAAGGGCCCGGCACGCACAGAGACAGGGACUCGGCACGAUUCAAAGGGAUCAGCCAGGGAACAGGAAGGCAUUUGUGUUCCUACCCACCCCUUAUCACAAUUUUGAGCUAAUUCCCCUGCAGCCAUAUGAUUGUUCUGUCAUCAGAUGAGCUUCAAGGUCUAGUAGAGACAGGCCGAGGCUGAGCAGAGCCAAGUGACCUCAUGGUCCCAGACCUCCGAAUCAGUGCCAGUUCUUUCCUCGAUUCAAACAGGUCUGGUCUUGAACUUUUUUUCCUCCUCAACAGAGCUGGUAUACUUUGGUCAACCAGUUGUACCACUGGGAUGCUUAUCACCAACAGGAGGGAUGUGAGGUCAAGGGGUCAGGUAUGUGCAGGUGUUCAUGGUCUGAUCAACACAGUCAGUAGGUUCUCAGUCGCAGUGACGCAGCUCAUGGAGGCAAUACUGUUGAAAGCAGGACUUGGUCAAAUCUGAACACAGACAUGAUGCAUAUUUUAGAAUCAGUGUAGCCUACACCUUUCAUAGAUGCAGUUAUCUCUGAUAAAUGUCCACAAAUCUUAGAACUCAGAGGGAACAGAAGCUCCUUGUAACUGCAGAACCUUCCUGAAAAUGACCAUGUAUUUGUCUUCGGUAUCAGAGUAAUCCAGUAGUACAGAGCAAGCAGGAGCUGCUAAUAUCUACUUUUCCAAAAUGUUAAAACACAGGGCUGUAACCCACAGCACUGUAUUCACGAUCAUACCCCUGCUCUUAUAUAUGAAGACAGACAAUGUAAUGAAACAACUACAGUAUAUUAGAUGUCUACUAUGUCUUCAACUAGUUUUAAUUGUAGAUGGGAAAAAAUGUCAUGACCAGGCCCAGAUGGAAUCUGUGUCCGCAGAACUCUGACAACACCUCUGCAAAGUUUCUGCAGAUUUUCUGUUUUUGCCCCUGCCUGCAUGUGUGCAACAGUUGUGUGACAUUAUGAACGUUUUUUUGUCCUUUUCCAAGCCAAGGAUCCGACAUUCCCAUCUACUUUCCACCUUGACUGCCUGGUUGCACAUCUCUGUCCAGCGCUGCUUUUCCAUUCCUUACACAACACCUGAAGUCGCCUUCUAGAGCCGCUCCCCUCAGUUACCUGUGUGAACAGCCCAGGUUAAUGUCGGGUAACAAAAAUAUUAAUGUCUCCUCCCCCCUCCCCUGUUUUUUUAUGCGGUGGUUGGUAAGUAGCCUAGUUCUGUAAAUGUGUAUUUACAUUUUAUGCUGGUGGAAUUUCCAACAAA